UUAACCACCGGGAAGCAAGCAGUCCCGGUUCUUCUCAGUUUGCAGGUGCACGGAGAGUGACAGAUCAAGGGUCCGCCGCACAGCCAAUCCCUCGCUGCCUGUGUUGAUUAACAAGUGGCUUUCGGGCGGCGCGUAGUCCGGCAGGUAGGGGUUUGAUUGACAAUCGUCUGCCGGCAAUUGGAGGCUGCAACCAUUGCUCUGGGGCAUCAGAGGCAGAGCUGAUGUUAGGCAUCCUCGCUCUCAGCCUGGUUUAAUUGCAUCAGUGCAAGUUACCCGAGGUCCCGAAUUAAUACAAGCCGUGUUAUUUGCAAGCUUCUUCACCAAGCGAUUACCUUGCAGGAAACUAAUACGAAGCUGCCUGUUUGUUCCUCUGAGACAUUAAGAUAUUAAAUCCGAGGAAUCGCCAUGGAUGUAAUGAAAUUGACACUCUUGUUCCUAGUGACGGUAACUAUAAGUGACGAUGUGGUAUCACAAGAAUUUGAGUUAGAGAUGCCGAGAAUACAGCAGGUCUCUAUUGGCAAUACCGUUGUUUUGACCAGCCGGAUCACCGCAGGCCCAGCAUACCUUAAUAUCACCUCUGUGAUUUGGACCAAAGAAACGUUAGGAGUGAUCGUGAUGUAUUCCAGCAACCAAAUUUCAGUAGAACCUCAAUACCGAAAGCGUGUUAGUUUCCUGCAUUCAAAGCCAACCAGGGAUGUCUCCAUAUAUAUCAACAACACCAAGUUAGAUGAUUCAGGUCACUACACUUGCACUGUAGUCUCUGCAAAUUCUGGGUUAAUGAAAAACGGAAUAACCAACUUGUCCGUGCUGAUACCACCCUCCACUCCAAAAUGCAGUAUCAAUGGAAGCAAAUUUGUUGGUCAUAAUGUGACCCUGACCUGUCAUUCAUCAAAUGGCAAACCGGCCCCUACCUACACUUGGCAACGGACCAGUCCCAAGCCGCAGUCUUUUAAUCACCCCAUCCACAAUUCCCAAAUGGGAACUCUAAUAUUGAGGAACAUCACCAAGGAGAUGUCUGGAUUGUACACUUGCUCAUCCAUAAAUUUAGCGGGGAAUGCAUCAUGCUCUAUACAGAUGGAGGUGAUAACUUCCAAUAAUGCAUGGGUCAUCGCUGGGGCUGUGAUUGGGGCACUCCUCGGAACAUGUUUGCUGGUCGCUAUCAUUGUUUUCUACUGCACGUAUCAAAGCAAGAGGGCACCAGAAAAGGAGGAAAACCUAGCCAAUGAGAUAAGAGAGGACGCCCAGUCACCGGUAGGAAACAUAUGGAUUAAGAAUGACCUAAUCUCCAAAAAUGGCACCCUGUCUUCUGCGAAUAGCACAAUGCGUAGCUACAAACCCUACCCCAACAAGCCACCAUCAUAUGCUGCUUCAACUAUCACUGCACUGGAUGCUGGCAGCACUGGAAGUUGCAGCCGUCCAAAGCACCCCCAAAAGUCAGAUUACGCAAUGACAUCCAGUUCUCACCGCUCUAGUCCUUCAGCUAGGGAUAAUAGAGCUCAGCUGCAGGCACCAAAACAGGAACCCGCACUGCCCUCGAUGACUUCAUCCAAUCUUGCCAGAAUGGGGGCUGUGCCAGUGAUGGUGCCAGCCCAGAGUCAAGUCGGAUCUCUGGUCUAGGAGCAGCUUGGCAUGGAAAUGCUGCAGUAAUUUCCCUCUGAUUACCAAAGAACAGGAUUCAGAUAAAAGCUAUUUGUGGAGAAAUGUUACAGUACAAUAUAGAUUGUAAACAAUGACCUGAAGUCUUACAACUGUUUUUUGAAAAUUUUACAACUAGUAAUCUAAAGAAUCCAGGAGUAAAACAUUCAGUCGAUUGAUGAACAGGAGAACAUUUUUACCUUGAUAUUCUACUAACAUUUCAAACAAAAUAGUUUCUCAAGUCUGAAUCUUUAUAAUCUUAGCUCUGGUUCUGGUUGUUCUCAUCUUAUCCUGACACCUAACUAGUAUUCCUAAAACAUCUCAAUUCAAUAUAUAGCUUGUUUUAAAGAAAAUUUGUUCACAAUUUUAGUUCUGCCCAUAAAAGGUACUGAAAAAGUGCAUUUGCUAAUCCUCAUUGAGGAGGAAUUCAGACUGGCUUAACACAAGAAAGACACGGCUACUGCUUUACAUCAUAAUGUCUCUUUCUUUGAUUCAGUUAACAUUUUCUCCUUUGUAACAUUAUUUCUCUCGUCCUAUGUUAUGAAUUCACAGCAUGACAACCAGGAUAGAAUGCACUUGUCAGUGCCACUUCACCUUUGAGUUGAAGCCAUCCUUGGCUGUAGAAAGCUGAGAGAUGAUUGGAUCAAAGCGAUUUUAAAAAAUUGGGUUGAAGACCCUACAGUAUAGUUAAAGGAAAAGCUAUUUCUUGCUGUAGAAAUUGAGAACAAGGCAAUAUAAUUUCACUGUUGAAGCCAAAUUGGGAAGUUCUUUGACAUACAAAGGUGUAUGAAUCAGGAACUACCUCUGUACAUUGGGGCAAUUGAUCUUUUAAAACCGAGUUUAGCUGAUUGUAGUUGCAAAAUGGUAAAGUGGGGUCAGGUUCGGACCAAAUUGAACUGUAAAGUCCAUUUGAGGACUAAUUGGUGUGCUGUUCUCACUUGUGAAGUUUAACCAUCUGAAUGUAGAGAACAGCCUGUUUCAAUUGCAUUGGCUGCCUUCAGAGGGAAGUAUAAACUUUGGGAAUCGGGGCAUGAAAUGGAAUAUUGACAUCAGUCUCAAGAAAGUCAUGGAAUGUGGAUCGUUGGUCACGCUUCAUCUUGUGGCUUGGGACUACCUUGUUGGUUCAUGUAAGUUUUCAUGAACUUAAUUAUUCAGCUACACCACAGCCUGUGUUGGAAAAUAUAAUAUCUUGUAUAAGCAGAGUGCAUAGUCGACCCAGCUAGUCCAAUUAAACGAAGUAUUUUGAGAUGUUUGGAAUAGCAAAUUGCUUAUCUGCCAUUACUCAUGAAAUGCAGUGACAGUUAAAGAAAUAACUGACAAUUCUUAAUGAAUGUAUUUCCACAAGGAAUAAAAAAGCAACACUGGAAAAUUAUAUAAAUGGGAACAUUUUAAACAUCAUCCACGGAUGAAUCAAGAAAUAGAUAAGAGGAAGUAAACAGAACUUGAGGGUAAAUUAAUUAGAAUAAAAUGAUCCAAAUACAUAAACAGAAAGUCAUUAGCAUAAGCUAACAUUAAAAGGCAGAUGCAGGAAAAAUGACAACAGGGAAUAAGGAAAUGGCAGAAACACUAAAGCAAGUAUAUUGCAUUAAUUUUCACAGUAAAAUGCACAGAAUUUAUCAUUGUGGCCGGGGGGUGGGAUGGAGGGUCAGAAAUCUGACGAGACUGAGAAAUAUAACAUAAUAAAUAUUAGGAAAGGAAAAAAUCAAAUUACAAACAACAAAUUCAUUAGUCUUGAUGUCUUACAUCCAAGGGGUUUAAGUAGACAAAGAGCAGCUACGUUGAUUUUGCUUCUCGAGGUUGGCCCCAUGAAUUGGAAGGCAGCAAAUGCUCAAGGAAUGAGAGAAAAGAACAAUGGAGAGUAAUAAACCAGUUAGUCUGACAUCACCAAAGAGAGAACACUAACACCAGAAUGCAUUAUUAAGAUGGGUUCAUGGCACUUAGGCAAUCGAUAUAUUAUUCAGAAUCAGCUUGCCAUUAUGGAAAAAGAAAUUGAGUUAACAAAUCUACCCAUUGUUUGAGGAUGAAACUAAUAGGGAUACAACCAACAAAUUUUUGGGAAGUACUUUGUUAAUGUGCCAAUAAUUGGUUAUUACACAAGACUCUGCUGCCUUGCAGCCAUACCUACCCAUGGGAAAGGCUUCUGGAGUAAACCCCGAGGAAGAAAUCCAGAGCUGGGGUCCCUAAGGCAGUUUGAUGUUGUUUACAACUUCACUCUGGCACCCUCUGCGAUGACACUGGUGCCGAGCUGUAUCGGCGCUUGCCCUUCCCUUGGACUACAUCAGUGACAUGGAGAGGGGGUUCCCGCUGCAUGGGCAACAGCCGGUCCUUCAAAUCUUCCUGCCUGGACACAGUCCACCAGUGGUGCAAACCCAUGAUCCCCUGGGAUCGAUGGCUACUACUUCUACACAAGACUCAUGGGAGUUGGGGAAUAUAUAAACAAGGACUGGUUAAUGGAAAGAGGGUUAAGAGAAUAAGGUGAAUUACAAUAUAGCAAUGUGAAAGUAGCUAAUUUCUUCAAGGACCGAUUCUUGGGCCUAAACCAUUUAAAAAACUAUUGUGAACAACCCAACUAUAAUGCAAUGAUACAAAGCUUGGUGGGAAAGUAAGUUUUAUUGAGAUUGAGAUGGAUUUGGAGCAUUCUUAUUUGAAACAGAGAAAGCAAAUAGGAAAGUAAAUAGUCUUGAGACCUGAUGCUACGUCCUUUUCAUCCCAGGAGCCACUCCAGAGAUCUCAGGACUGCAGGAUAAAUACUGUGCCUUGAAAAACUUUCAUACAUAUGGUAUUCAUAUGUUGAAUAUUUGUGUAUUAUGUGUGCAUUGAUCUUUAUUGGAAGGUGCUUUAGUUAUGGUCGUGGCAAGGUUCCAUUCCCUCUCUUUCCAGUCCUGUUAACGGGUUUUAGCCUGGAAUAUUCACAGUUCAUUUCCCUCCAUAGAUGAUGCCUGACCCAUUGAGUUCCUCCAGCAUUUUAUGUCUGUUGAUCCAGAUUUCCAGCAUCUGUGGUCUCUAAUGUUUCAGGACUUGAGAUAGGGUCUCAAUCCAAAGUGUCAACUGUUUAUUCCUCUCCAUUGAUUCUGCCUGACCGGCUGAGUUCCUUUAGCACUUUGUCUGUGUAAGUGAACCUGACAGAAGCCUUCCAGAUUUGAAUACUUGCAUAGAUAAAUCCAUUCAUCCCAAUGCUGCAUUUAUUCCUUUCAGAUGAUUUCCACCACUAGAGAAAGCCUUGACAUUUAAGGAACAUUGCCACAUUGAUCUCUUGCUAAUGACAGGACAGGAUAUACAGUGUGUCAGUACUGAUGCUUAUCUCCUGCAUUUCCUCAGCUCUUCUAGUCAAUGGGGAUUUGCUUCCCAGCCAAACAAAUAAUAUCUUAAAAUAAUUAUGCAUUUACAGUAUGUUUGGAGAUUGUUUAUUACUUAUAAUUGUGUUUUACAUGGUAUCUGAUUUGUCCUUUAGAAUGUUUUUGGCUUGCUAUUUCCCAUUUCCCCUAGGCGCCCAGUAAUUAUUAAAACUUUUUUUGUUAAACAAGAAAUGUUUUUGUGAAGUCACAGGUCAGGGUCCGUCAGAAGCUAGAGACAUGGGUGGGGGAUGAAAUGAGAAGCUGGGAGGUUAUAGGUGGGAAGAGGAGAUAAGUGAUAUGCUGAAGAAGAAGGAAUCUGAUAGGAGAGGGCAGUAGACCAAAGGGGAGCACAAACCUUGUCCGGUGUCUGUGUAGAUCAGAAAUUCAGAUGUAUAAUCUCUAUAGUUUUCCAAAUAUCAACAUCAUUUCAUGCUCCAAUUUCUUAAGUACACGAUUUCCAAGGUGAAAGGUGAUGUGGUUAGGUAUAAUCAUUGAAAUAGGUCAACAUGAAACAUCCUGAUUGCUAGCCAUUUUAAUUCCCUUUCCCAUUCCCACAUUGUCUGUUCUUUGGUUCAUCCACUACCAGGCUGAGGCAAAUUGGAGGAGCAGCACUUCAUAUUCUAUGCCUUUGUUAGAAGGUAGAACAGUACACCGUAGGAACCUUUGUCACACUACAUAUGCACAAACCAUCAUGCCAAAUUGGACUAAUCCCAUCUGCCUGCCUGUUUCUUAUCUGUUCAUGUGUCUGUCUAAAUGCCUCCUAAAUGUUAAUAUUGCGUCUGCUUCCAAUCCAUGGCAGUGUGUUUCUGGCACCUACCACUUUCUGUGUUUAAAAGCAAGCAUUUCAAAUCUUCUUUGAACUUUCUCUCAUGUUAAAGGCUAUCUCCGUUUGCCACAUAUACUUUGCAACAUCGAAACAUACAGUUUAAUGUGCUGUUAUGCGUCAAUGACCAAGACAAUCUGAGGAUGUGCUGGGGGCAACCCACAAGUGCCAGCACACUUCUGGUACCAACUUUGCAUGCCCACAGCUUACUAACCCUAACCCAUACAUCCUUGGAGUAAGGGAAGAAACUGGAACCCCACAAGGUCACAGGGUGUAUGUAGAAACUCCUUACAGGCACUAGUGGGAAUUGAACCCUGAUCGGUGCUUGCUGGUUCUGUAAAGCGAUGCACCAACUGCUAUGCUGCAGUGCCCUCUAGCAUUUGAAAUUUCCACCAUGCGAGAAAGACUCUGUCUAUCCAUCCUGCCUAUGCCUCUCAUAAACACAGAAGAUUCUGUGGAUACUAGAAAUCAAGAGAGAUCUUUCAUCAGUCCUGCAUUUUGUUUGUGUUGCAAUGCCUCUCAUAAUUUUAUGUACUCCUAUCAGGUCAUCCCUCAAACUCUGAUGCUCAGCAGAAAACAGCACAGGCUUGGCCAAACUCUCCUUUUAUCUAACAGACUUCAUUCUAAGCAACAUCCUGAAGAACCCCUUCUGCCUCCUUUCCAAAGCCUUCACAACAUUCCUAUGGUAACUUGUCUCUUUUGAAAGUGCUCUUCAUAGUCUUUAUCCAAAAUCUUGUAAAUCUUCCCAUUUGAUCAGAUGUCCAAGUGUCUUUCAAAAUAGUCAGUUACAUCUGAUUCCACCUAACUUUCUGAAUUUAUAUUAUAUAAGAAAUUAAGAUAUCUCCGCUUGCUAAAAAUCAAUGUCUUCAGCAUAGCACUUGUACUAAUGAAAAUUGUCUCAGCUUCCUUAAAUCAAUUAAAACCUUCAUGUUUAGAAUCCCUCUCUUCAAGAGUGGCAUGGUAGCGUAGUGGUUAGCGUAACACUUUACAGUACAGGAGAGCCGGCAUAAGGAGUUUGUAUGUUCUCCCUAUGUUUUCCUGCGGGUGCGCUGGUUUCCUCCCACAGUCCAAAGACAUAACCGUUGGUAGGUCAUUGUAAAUUAUCCCCUGAUUAGGCCAGGAUUAAAUCGGGAGAUUGCUGGGCGGUGUGGCUCCAAGGCCCCCAAUGGCCUGUAUCAUGCUGUAUCCAAAUAAAUCAAUCUCCUUAUUUGCCUCUUCUUGACAAGAAUAGAGUCUUAAUCCUACCGAUAACCCACCUCCCCAAGACACAUGAAUGUCUUCACAGGUACAAACUUCAACAUAUUGCAGGAAAUUCCCCUUUAAUUCUAUAUGGCUAUGAAGCAGGCUCCAAGGACAAUACAAUUAUAAGAGUCUCCUGAUAGCUGAUGUUAGAAUUUAUUGAAAAUCUGAAUUACUAAAUACCAUCACUUGUUUAAGAUGUGUAGCUCUUUUGGGCUUAAGUUUAACUUUAAGAUAUGUGUAUACACCUUGCGUAUAAUGUUGGCUUCAGAAACUGAACUCAGCCCAAAAAACAUGCACAUUAAGGAAAGACUUGCAAAGCAUUUUGGUCUGAUUCUGAGAUAAGGACGUUCUGCACACAUUUUUUGAUGAGAGGAGUGAUUAUGAGAAUUUGGAAUAUUGUGCAUUUAUUUUAACUAACUCUUGCAAGAUAGAUAAUGAAUGCUAAAUGGCCUGUAUGAUUCCAAUAGGAGGAUAAUCCCUAUUUGGUAGGAUAAUCCCUAUUUAAUAGGAUGAAAAGUCCUUACUAGAUGUGACGCCAACAACCUGUGUUAAUAUACUCUGUCAUUAACAUGCAAAGCUAUUAAAUAUUAAUAUGUAAAGUCAUUAUCCUAGCAUGGUUUGCUGUCUCUAAAAGGGGCACUAACUAAAUGUGACUGUGAAGGACUAAUACUUUGCUGUCUAGUUAACUAAGACUGCAUUUCAGUUGACAGUUGGUUAGGCAGAGAGCAUGUUCCCUAGAGUUCUGAAAAUUGCUUUUUGCUAAAGCAGAAGCUUACCUGCCAGGAUAAUGAAGAACAAGAGUCUCUAGAGGCCAUGAGCUCCAUCAAAAUUGUCACUUCUAAAUUUAAAUGAUGGACUCUUACAGUUUAUAGAAGAUCACAGGGCCCAUCAUACCUUUUCGAAGAGCUGCUCGCUCUCUAUUCACAAUGCUGCAUUUAAUUCUUCCCAUUUAAUUAUACUGUGUAAACAAGUUACUUUCUAAAUGUUCUGUUUUAUCAGAUUCCACUAUCGUUUCAGACUGCAUAUUGUUAUAGGAAACAAAAUUCAAGAUUCAAGACUUUCAUGGUAGAGGGGAGAAAAGUAUGUAAAUAUUGUGAACUGCAGAUGCCUGCAGAUAAUGUGAUGAGUAAUGGUUACCAUUAACAAAUUGCUAAUGGUAAGUUCAAUACUAAAGAACUUCUGUUUUCUUUAAUCCUGAGCUUGGGCUUUCUUGCAUUUUGAAAUUAAAGACAAUAUAAUAGUAGAUGAUUUUCAGGGUUAUAUGCCUUGGUAGAGUGGAACCGUUCGCUUCUCUUUGUGCUUAUAGUUACAUACAUGGAAGUUACAUUGGAGACAUCUGUUGCCUAAAUGAGUCCAGGUAGUAGUUUUGUCUUUAACAUGGGGUAGCUCUCUAAGGCUUCUUGCUUUUCCUCUUCCCACAUUUCCUAGAUCUUUCCAUUCCUUUUCCUUUCAACUGCCUAUAUAAUCUAAUAGAUGACAUGGCCCCUGUUUUAUUUACUAACUUCAGUGAUAAAUACUCAUCACCUAUGUUAUUUUGAAGCCUCUGAAUGUGCUUGACUGAUUCCAGGAAGCUGUCAUUCAUUUCCUAUUCUAGCAGAGAUUAGGUACCAAUCGACAAGAACAAGUAUUUUUUAAAUGAGUGGUCUAUGUACAGUACCCAGAUUGAAGUAUCCAUCUGUACUGAGGGACAGAAUAUUUCCAGAUUUCUGGAGAAAGACUUUUAAUUCAGAUACAGUAGCAUCAUACUGUGUUAGUUUUGUUGUACAUCACUAUGCUUUCCAGUAGAAAAUUGUAAUGUUUAUUGCUAAUCAUGAGAUCAUUCAACAAUAUGCUUUUUGUUUGUUAGUACCACAAGACCAGGGACUUGUUACUUUAAUAUAAUUGAUAUCUUAAUCCCAGUCAAACAAAACAGGCAGGAAUCCUAAUUGUGACUCUGCCAGAGUCUCGUUUCUGUGACUACACUGAUAGAUCCAGAGAUUGCUUCUUUGGCCCUGACUAAAAUCUUUACAAGGAUUUUAAUUGUAAACCAAAGGAUGAAAUCUGUGGUACAGGAUAGUUUGAAAAGGGAUAAAGUAAAUUAAUGUGGGUGUUUUGUGCCAAGUUUCAAAAAUGAAGAAAACCAGGAAUCAAGGAAGACGUGUCCCACAAUUGUAAGAAGCCAAAGAACUAUUUACUGUAUGUUUACUGACUAACAUUUUUUAGAUCAAACAGACUGGCUAACUUUAUGAUAUGUACAGUUCAAACAGAGUGGGUUGUGGAAUGCCAUGGUCGUGAGACGGGGAAAGACUAACCUGGCCCAACAAGCCCGUGGAUGACACUGUUAACCUGAGGGUGACCACAGAACAGUGAUUGACAUCUGAUGCACUCUGCUUACACUGAUACCUGAUGACAUUAUUACAUAUGAUAAGGAUGGAUUUUACCUCACACUGCAUGCAAUGAGUGUUAAAAUUGUAAUUCUGCUUUUAUCAGUAGUUUUGUUUUUGUAUUGAUACUUGUAUUUAAUGGAAAACACUUUAGAUCAACCUGGCUGAAGUCAACAGGAAUGCAUCUUUGUUAUUCUGACAUUACCAGGCCUCUCCAGAAAUGGAUAAGAAUGAUUUGUAUCAACAUUUUUUGGAAUUUUAUUCGCGGGUUGGAUUAUUUGUUCAGUCUAUAUUAAUAAACUCUGAACUACAUGCCAA